AUGGAACUCGACCUUGACCACGUCACUCGCCUAGCCCUCUCUUGCUUUGGAAGCCACCUGGCGAGAUGCUUUAUGAAGACCAAGUCGAAGAUUUAUCACAACCUGCAAAAGACCAUUCUUGAGAUCUUCAGGGAGGAAUUGUUCACAGAGCAUUGUAGCAGAAUCUGGGCGAAGAUUUAUCGCAACCUGCAUGCAAUCCUUCUGGUAAGCAUCUUUGUUGUAACACUUGCCAUCCUACAGAGAGCAUUUUUUAGAAGCCAGCCCCUUUUCCCUGAGAAGAAUUCAGAAGACAGCCACAAAUCCAGUAAGCAAGUUUUUAUCCCUAGACAGAAAUCCUUCUGGAUUGAAAACAUUAAUAAGUCUGUCACUGAAGAUAAGGUGGUCAAAGCUUGGGAUGUGAUAGAUGUCCAUUGCUCUGCUAACUCCAGUCUGACCAGGAUGCCAUGGUUUGCUGAACUAGGGGCAAACAUCCAGAAGUUCCUCCUGUACCAACACUGCAGAUUCUUCCCAAUGCUUUUUAACCACCCAGAGAAGUGUGAAGGGGAUGUCUAUCUCCUUUUGGUGGUCAAAUCCAUGAUCCUACAGCACAGACGCAGAGAGGCCAUCCGCAAAACUUGGGGCCAGGAGAGGGAAGUAAGGGGCAAGAAGGUCAGGCUUGUUUUCCUGCUGGGGGUAACCAUCCAAGGGGAAGAACAUCCCCAUCACCAGAAGCUCCUGGAGUAUGAGGACAGGCUUUAUGGAGACAUCUUGCAGUGGGACUUUGAAGAGUGCUUCUACAACCUCACCCUUAAGGAGGUCAACUUCCUCAAGUGGUUUUCCAUCUACUGCCCUAGUGUGCCAUUCAUCUUCAAGGGAGAUGAUGACAUCUUUGUCCACACUGGAAACAUAAUUGAAUUUCUGGAAAGUAGUGGUGGCAUGCUUGACCUUUUUGUAGGAGCACUCCUCUCCACCUCUCUACCGAUCAGAGAGAAAAAUAGCAAAUACUUUAUCCCACCUGAGAUCUUUAAUGGGACCUUUUACCCCCCAUAUGUCAGUGGAGGGGGAUUCCUCAUGGCUGGCCCCCUGGCUAUGAAGAUGCACAUUGCUUCUGAAAACAUGGACCUCUUUCCCAUUGAUGAUGUUUUUCUGGGGAUGUGCUUGAAAGUGCUCCAUGUGAGUCCCAAACCACACAGCGGCAUCAAAACGUGGGGAGUCCAGGAGCCUGGCAAAGAGAAGAUGAUUAGCAGAGACCCCUGUUUUUUUCAGAAUCUACUGGUUGUCCAUAAGUUGACUCCAGGAGAGUUGAUUCUAAUGUGGAAAUUAGUGACCAGUGAUCUCAUCUGCACACGAGAACUGGAACUCUUGCCAGGAGAGAAAGGAAAGAUGAAGGGAGCCUUUCAGCAGACAAUGAUCCAAAACUACACUGGAGUGAAGCCCUGA